AUGUCGACAAGUUACAAAGAACGACAACCGCUAUUGGCGUCACACAGCGAGGGGACAUUGUACAGCAUUGACGAUAACAACAAUGGCACUAUUGACAGCAAUUAUCAUGCAUCUACAUCAUCAGACCACAACAAUGAGGAAUAUUACAAUGAUGUUGACACUAAAAAUGAGGACCAUUUAACCACUCAACCUUGGAAGUACAAAGCCGUUGCUUUAGCAUGCGCUCUAUUCUUGGCAGUGGGUAGCCAUUUUGCAGCACACACGCUAGGUGCGAUGAAAAACAUCAUCAAGGAGGAAUUUGGUAUCACCAACUCGGAAUAUGGCGUGCUUCAAUCCAGUGUUUCCAUUGUCAAUACCAUUUUACCCGUCUUUGGAGGAGUCUUUUUGGACGCUUUUGGCACAGCGAAAGGAUCCAUCAUCACCACAGCCCUUAUCACCAUAGGCAAUGUGCUUGUAUCACUAUCGACCCAUAGCAAGAGCAUGUCAACCAUGGUGGUGGGCCGUAUACUUUAUGGUAUUGGAAGUGGCAAUGUUGUCAUUGUUCAAGAGACGAUAUUAUGCCAGUGGUUCCAUGGGCGUGAUUUGGCCGGUGUUAUUGGACUCAUGUUGACAGUGAGCCGAUUGGCAUCGUUUAUGGCUCAAGCGACUGUGAUUCCGAUCGCUGAAUCCACAGGAUGGUACGGCUAUGGUUUUUGGUUUUCCGCAUUAUUGUGUCUUUUCUCGUUGUUGAUCAACCUUGUGUACCUGGGGCUCAUGAAGCAUUUGGGGAUGCGUCAACAACACAAUGUCGCUCGAUCCAAGCGUGUCUUUAGCUGGUCCAAGUUGCUAUAUCUACCUCACUCCUAUUGGCUUAUUGCAGCAAUGGAAUUUCUUCUAGGCGGUGCUUGGGGAUGUUGGCUGCACAUCAACAGCGAGUUCGUCAAGAUGCGAUUUGGAUAUGACAAUGCAAAGGCAGCAGCGACAGCUAGCGUGGCACAGGUGCUACCGAUCUUCUUAAUGCCAGUGCUUGGUGUAUGUGUGGAUCGAUAUGGAAAACGCUCUUGGAUGAUUCUUGCGAGUGGUUUAUCAUUCCUUUUGUCAAUGGCGCUUUUGGGAUAUACGUAUUUGUCACCUGUUAUUGGCAUGUUAUUGUUCAGCAUGAGCUUGGCCCUGGGGCCUGUGGGAUUAGUAUCCUCUGUGCCUAUCAUUCUGCCAUUAUCAUUGGUUGGCACCGGCAUGGGCUUGAUUAAAUCAUGCACCAAUAUUGGGGCAACGCUAUUCGACAUUGCCACUGGGCUUUUCCAAGAUCAAGAUCGUAAUCAAGGAUACGAUGGUGUGAUGAUAUUCUUUUUAUGCAUUGGCCUACUAGCAUCAUUUGGUGGUGUGGUGCUAUACCUACUUGACUGGCAGAUUUACAGCUCAAUCCUGCAGCAACCUGCAUCAGCACGAAACAACAGCAAAACAGAAGCGGAGACAUUAGCGGAGAAACGACCCAUUGCUGGGAAUUGGGUUUAUGGAGGCGUUUACCUAUUACUGGCUUCAAUGAGCUGGGUCAUGUUUUUCAGGUUUGUGCUUUGA